CAGGAUGGCUGUCAACAGCUGAUCGAUCGGUGGUUCGGCCGUAUCCCACCCCUGCCAACUACCUCGCCAUCAGUGAGUAAUGGCCAAAUUUAUGGCCUCUCUCUACUCUCCCUCCAUUUACACUCACACUAUCUCGUUUCAUGUCAUCACCUCUGACCUUUUGUGCUAGAUGCCCUGCCUCUAGCUAAUACUCCCUCCUUCCCUAAAUAUUUAACGCCGUUAAAUUUUUUAAACAUGUUUGACCGUUCGUCUUAUUCAAAAAAAACUUUUGUGAAAUGUGUAAAACUAUGUAUAUACAUAAGAGUAUAUUUAACAAUAAAUCAAAUGAUAGAAAAAGAAUUAAUAAUUACUUAAAUUUUUUGAAUAAGACAAACAGUCAAAUAUUUUUUAAAAAGUCAACGGCAUCAAACAUUUUGGGAUGGAGGGAGUAUCUCUCUCUACUCUAUCAGUCUAUCAAUCUAGUAUCUAUCUAUCUCUAACUCCAAAGGCUCCAAAAGUCCAAACCCUGAAAGGAUGCAGCCCUAAGCAAAGGUUAUGGUGUAGGCCGUGUUUAAUUCAGUCCCAACAACCCUCAUCUUUCAACUUUCCAUCACAUCACAUCCAAAACUUUUCUACACAUAUAAGAGCAGGUACAAUAGCAGGCUAUAAGCCAGCUAUAAACAUAUUUUAAAGAGAUAAAGGAAGAGAGAGAAGAGCAGCGGGCUACAGAUCUGUAGCCAGCUGCAGCACGGACUUUAAGACGUAAGGUGUGUAUGACAGAUGGAACCAUGUACUAAUUGUGUAGUAAGCAAUUAUUGUAUGAAUUGGCUAUUACAUUGGCUAUAUAUGAUUUGAAGCUAGUAGUGGGCUAUACUAUUAAACUUGCUCUAAACUUUCAACUUUUUUUUUCUAAACUUCUAACCUUUUUUCAGGAAAUAAACACGGCCGUAGUAAAGCUGCAAGAGGAGGACCAGGACGUAGCUUGGGGGAUGGUGUACAAUUGUACACCCUGUGCUGCCCAUCUAUCAGUAUAACCCAGCCUUACAUCACCCAUAGCUUGAGGGUUGAAUCUGUUAGAGCUGAUGCAUGCCAGAUUUAUUGUGUCUAGUUGAUAAAAUUUGUUAGUAUGUUGAUCACACAUAGGACAAUUGUUGAUGUUAUGGUGAAGAAAUGUCUAACGUGUGCAUGGUAGUUCAGGUUGAAGGUCAGAUUUAACUAAGAAAAACAAUUAUAGAGAUGGCUUCCCUUUUUUUUCUAAUUAACAUACAAAUUUUAACCCGAUUUUUGUAACAUGUUUUUCAAACUGUUAAACGAUACAUUUUAUGUAAAAACUUUUUAUAUAUAAGUUGCUUUACAAUAUUAGAUAAAUACAAUUUCUAAAUACAAAUAAUUAAAGCUUAAUUAAUUAUACAUUAAUGAUUUUCUCGUUUUGCAUUCCGUACUUAAUCUUCACCCAAACGGGGCCUAACCAUGUUGAUGUUUAAUGUAAGAGCCAUAUAUGUUUGUAGUUGCCGAAUUAACCUUGGAGUUCAUAUCUUCGUUUCUUUUAAAAAAUAAUAUACAUAACAAUUGUUUACUUAAUUUCUCUUUUUACCAUGAUAGUAUAUGUUAGGAUUCAAUGUAGUUGGUUCAGUGUCCCUCUUAUUUUGAUCCUUAUCCAACGGUCCAUAUAUACAUCUACUUCAAGUACAAUAACAUAUGAGCAUGUGUAACAAGUCAUUCAAAUCUUCAUUUUUCUUAGCUAAGAAUGUAUUGUCAAAUAAUGAUUGAGAUUUUCCAUAUAGUGGUAAAAACGGUUACAUGUUCUGACCAUCUGAUGAUGUCAAUGACAUCUCAUAUGGAGGGUCAAAUUAAAACCAUCCUCUCCUCUGUUCCUGUGGUCACACGGCAUUGAUUCACAAUUCAAGUCAUACACAUAUCUAGUUGUAAUACAACUGCAAGAUAUGCAAGACUAUGGUGUUAUAAAUCAUGGUCUAUCUUGAAAAAAACACUAAAAUGUUCUUUUUCUUAGUCAGUGAUAUAUGAUUGAACAGUUUUAUCUAUCUAAAUAUAAUAAUGUAAAUGUCACAAAAAUUGAAGAAAAGACUAUUUGUUGCCUCUCUGAGAUUUUCGUUAGUGUUAAUUAUAAAUACAACGAUUUCAUAUGUAAAUCUCGUGAUAUAAAUACAUAUUAAAUAAUAUGCACUGUCAUAGCCUGUCUCCAGCAAAACGUUAAAAAUAUACUAUAACUACACAAAAAUACACGUGCAAUAAAUUUUAUCGAUAUUCGUUAUACACGAUGACAACUGUACAAGGAACACAUAAUUUACACGUGUACAUAGCUCCAGGUUAUGUGGUGAUGUCAAUGACAGCUCAAUUUAAGGGUCAAACAAAAAACCGAUGUCGUUUGCGGCGUCACCGUAUAUCCGUAUCGCCGUCAACUUUCGAUCUAACGGUCCGUAUUUAUCCGGUCACGACACAUCCAUAUCAUACUCAAUUCAAUAUAUGGAGUGCACUCAUGGUAUAUCUCCAAGAAAAAAAUAUAAUAAUUUCCAAUCAAACUUUUAUUGGUGUCACUAAUUACAUGAUUAAUGAGUUUUUUUUCCCUCUAUUCCCCUUGUGUCUCACUCUCUCACCUCUCUCUCUCUCUCUUUCCUUGGCCUUUUUAUUCUUAUCUCCUCGCCUUCGCUUCACCUCCUUACCUGUUGUUUUCCUCACUCCCUUGACCCGUCGUCCCAUGCUAAAGCCAAAGCUUAGGCAGCAGCAGUAGGCUUAAGCUUGGUUGGUCAAGGGCGAGUGGCCAUGGAGGCCAUGGACGUCAAGUACAAGCCGCUCGUGUUCCCCAACGGCGCCAUCAAGAAGGCGGCGAAGCCGGCGGCGGUGGCGCCUGCGGUGGGCGGCGGCGGAGGGGGAGAGACGGUGUACCGGGAGUGCCUCAAGAACCACGCGGCGAGCCUGGGCGGGCACGCGCUGGACGGGUGCGGGGAGUUCAUGCCGUCGCCGGCGGCGAACCCCGCCGACCCGACGUCGCUCAGGUGCGCCGCGUGCGGCUGCCACCGCAACUUCCACCGCCGGCUGCCGGAGGGGUCCCCCCCGCCGCCGCCGCCGCCGGCGCUGCUGCCCGCGCCGCCCAUGCCGCCGCACCGCGGGGAGGAGACGCCCGAGGUCCGCCUCCCCGGGGUGGAUGGCGACGAGUCCGACUCCGACUCGGACGGGUCGGAGUACGACGACGAGCGGUCCGUGUCCCCGCCGCCGCCGCCGCUGGCGGCGGCGGUGGCGCACCAGGUGUACUACCCUUCGGCGCCGCACAUGCUGCUGUCGCUGGGGUCGAGCGGGCAGGCGCAGAGGCUCCCGCCGCAGGUGAUGUCGCCGGCGGCGGCGGCCGCGCCUCCCCCCGGCGGCGGCGGCGGCGGGAUGCCGAGGAAGCGGUUCCGCACCAAGUUCACCGCCGAGCAGAAGCAGCGGAUGCAGGAGCUCUCGGAGCGGCUCGGGUGGCGCCUCCAGAAGCGCGACGAGGCCAUCGUCGACGAGUGGUGCCGCGACAUCGGCGUCGGCAAGGGCGUCUUCAAGGUCUGGAUGCACAACAACAAGCACAACUACCUCGGCGGCCACAGCGCCCGCCGCAGCGCCUCCUCCUCCUCCGCCGCCGCCGCCGCCGCCCCGCCAUUCAACCCUCCCACCUCACCUCCUCCUCCUCCUCCUCCUCCUCCACACGCCACCGACUUCAACAUCAACGGAACAGCCACCGCCGCCACCGCCGCCGCCGCCGCCACCAUCGCCGCCGGCAACCACCAAGAGAACGGAGCAUCGUCGCCGCAAUCAGCAUAAAAACUAGAGAGAAAAAGAGACAGCAAGUAGCCUUCAGUGAUCAUUCCAUUUUCCUUUUUUUUUGCUUCUUAGAUCGCUCAUCCAAGAAAUUAACCCCAAGAAAGGACGCCGCGGCUGCAGAUCAGUUCUUGAUGCCUAGUUACAGCAAAAGAAAAAAAAAGAGGAGAAAGAAGUCCAAUCUUUCCUUAUCCCUGUAUGUUCUUGGGAUCCGAUGAUGAUGGAGAAUUAGGGAUUUUAAUUAGAUUAUCUCAUCUCAAAAGUGGCACCUCUCUUGGCUGUUCUUGUCCUCCCUUUGAAGCAGAGGUAGGAGGAGAGGGUUCUUCCUUCUAGAAUUCUAGGAUCUCUCUUCUCUUUGAGAAAAAAUGUAUACAAAAAUGGAAGCAGCCUCACCUCUUGCACUCUGCUCACUUAAUUAGUGUUAUUAUUAUUAUUAUUAUUAUUAUUAUUAUUUUUACUACUGUUCUUUCAUUAA